CAAAACACUAUUCCUUUCAUGUCUUCUAGUACACAAGGAGCAGAACGUUUGCUAGAAUGGGAAAGUACCCUUGUCAAGGACUUGAGAAGCCUUCGUUUUCCUCCUCCAGUGAGUUAUCAAUAUUCACCUCUAGAAUAUGCAUGGCCUUUGCAUCAAGAAUAUGUUCGACGAUAUUUUCUCCCAACAGCACGUAUUUUAUUUGUUGGAAUGAAUCCUGGACCUUUUGGGAUGGUACAAAGUGGUAUCCCUUUUGGUGAUGUCACCACAGUAAAGGAUUGGUUCCAUAUUCGUGGAGAGUUACGAAAAGAGGCUCUGCCAAAGCAGGUUCAUCCGAAACGACCCAUUCUAGGUUUGCUUUGUCCUAGAAAAGAAGUUUCUGGUCAAAGAUUUUGGGGUUGGGCUCGUCAAGGUUGGACGACUAGUGAGAAUUUUUUUUCUUGGGCAUUUGUUUAUAAUUACUGUCCUCUAUCCUUUAUGUCUUCUAGUGGAAAGAAUAUUACUCCUGAUCAGUUACGUGGUAAAAGCCAAUCAGAGUUGUUGGAUAGGUGCAAUAUUUGUCUUUUACAGUUGGUCGAUUGGAUGAGACCAGUUUUUGUGUUUGGUCUUGGCAAGUUUUCAUAUCAAGUAUGUUGUGAUGUUAUAGGUCAUAUUUGUGCUGUGGGUAUGCUUCCACACCCAUCACCGGCUAAUCCCAAGUCUAGUCGUUAUUGGAGUCAGUGGUCAACCGUUGCCAACGAUAUACGAGAGCAAUGUCGACAACAAAAUAUUCAUAUCGAAUUGCCCUAUUGAACGAUAUGCAUUUAUAUAUAUAUAUAUAUAUAUAUAUAUAUAUAUAUAUAUCAUAA